AUGGGAAUUAAGAUGACUUCUCCAAAUUUGCAAGAUUUGAUGCCCACAGCAAUGUCUUCCUUUUUCUCGGCCUAUGCCCCCUUCGCUGGUUACAUGUUUAUGCUCCAAUCCUUGAACACCAAUUUCAUACCUUACCAGGUCAAAUCAUACAUAUACAAAUACUUCAAAUCAAGCAUCAACUACCUCCUGGACCCUCAAGCUAAUCACAUAACUCUCCUCGUCGACUGUUCUAGCCAACGCAGCUACUCCUCCGGAAUCUCAAUGGCUCAGCGCAACCAAGUCUAUGAUUCCGCUGAGGUCUAUCUCGCCACCAAGAUCAGUCCGAAAACCCAAGUUUUUCGAAUCACCAAAACAUCUAAACAAAAGACCCCUAAACUUGCCGUUACCACCACCCAAGAAAUCACCGACACUUUCGAAAACAUUAAAGUAAAGUGGCGCAUGAUCUUCCGUUCCGAUGAUGACCAUCACUACAGUAGUGAUCAGAGUGCCCGCAUUGAGUUAACAUUCCCUAGGAAACACAAAGAUAAGGUGUUGGACUCGUACAUCCCCUAUGUGUUGGCUCAGGCCGAGGCUAUUAAAGAUGCAGAAAAGACUCUGAAGCUUUAUAGUUAUGACGUUAAAUCCAUUCACUACAACCGUACUCAUGGUAGUGAUGAUGAGGGCUACGGACCUUCUUCGGGCAAUUGGAGUUGCGUAGAUCUUGAGCACCCAGCUACUUUCGAGACAAUAGCAAUGGAGCCGGAGCUGAAGAGGAUGAUCAUAGAGGAUUUGGACAAGUUCGUGAAGAGGAGGGAGUUCUACAAGAGAGUUGGCAAGGCUUGGAAGAGAGGCUACUUGUUGUUUGGUCCACCCGGUACUGGAAAAUCUAGCUUGGUUGCGGCCAUGGCUAAUCAUCUCCAUUUUAACAUUUAUGACUUGGAACUUACCAGUAUUUCCAGCAAUGAUGAGUUGAGGAAGGCCUUGAUGUCUACUACAAAUCGUUCUAUUGUGGUGUUUGAGGAUAUUGAUUGCAGCAAGGGAUCCGUAAACCGGGAAUCAGCAGAGAAGAAGUUUAUGGUUUCCGAAGCCAAGUUUACACUCUCGGGUCUACUGAAUGUCGUCGAUGGUCUGUGGUCAAGUUGCGGUGAUGAGAGGAUUAUUGUGUUCACCACCAACCACAAGGAACGGCUAGACCCUGCAUUGCUGCGGCCUGGUCGAAUGGAUAUGCACAUUCAUAUGUCGUAUUGCACCCCUAGAGGGUUUAAGACCUUAGCCUCAAACUACCUUGGCAUUCAGGACACCAGCGAACAUCACCUGUGUCAAGAAAUUGAAAGGUUGAUGGAGAGCACAGACAUCACCCCCGCAGAGGUUUGUGAGGAGCUUAUGAGGGGUGGGGGUGAUGGUGAUGAUGCUGAUGUUGCUCUUGAAGGACUUGUCACUUGUCUGAAGCGUAAGAGGCUCGAGACCAACAAGGCAGAAGAAGAAGAGGUUGGGAAAGCAAAGAGGCAGAAACAGAUUAAUGCAUCUGAAAACUGAAAUUUCCAAAAAUUAGUAGA